GCGAGCUGCACACAAUCAAACGGAGAAGAAGAAAUCCUGUCGGGUUUAGUUCCUGGUUUGAAGUGAAGAAUCAUCCUCUGUUCAGGUUGUUGUUUUCCUCCUACACUCAUUUCAUUCCGCGCAGUAUGUUCAAAGGUUUAGGGACGUGGUUGGGUUUGGAGAGCCCGACGUACACGAAGGCGCCGGACGACAAAGAAAGCGUGAAUGUGGAGCAGGAGGAGAAGGUGGUGGAAGCACAAAACGAGGUAAACAAACAGCAAGCAGCUGAGCAGGAAGGAGAACCAGAGGCCAACCAGGAGCAGUCUGAGCAGGGCCAGGGGCUGGGCGAUUACAUCUUCAGUUUUGCCUCCAAUGCCACGAAGAAGAUCUCUGAGUCGGUGGUGGGAACAGCUCAGACCAUCAAGAAGACUGUGGAAGAGGGGAAAAUUGACGGCAUCAUAGACAAGUUUUAUCAGAUGUGCUUGUUACCAAACUACCAUUUUGCACAAUACGUGACUGAGGGUGUGUGUGUGUGCUGGUGUGUGUGUGUAGAAGCAGCAGUGCCUCCCUGGGUCGGCUACAAUGAAGAGGAGACGAUCCAGCAGCAGAUCCUUGCUCUGUCAGCCGACAAGAGAAAUUUCUUGCGAGACCCUCCCGCUGGUGUUCAGUUCCACUUCGAAAUGGAGCAGAUGUAUCCUCUGGCUGCAGUGAUGCUGGAGGAAGACCAGCUCCUCAACCGCAUGCGCUUUGACUUGGUUCCUAAACAUGUGAAGGAGGAGGUCUUCUGGAGGAAUUAUUUCUACCGGGUGUCUCUGAUCAAGCAGUCGGCUCAGCUCACAGCGCUGGCAGCCCAGCAGCAACAGCAGCAGAAGGACGGCGAGGACAGAGGGGCCAGUGUUUCACCUGAGGACGUUGACUUAACAGACAGCGUCAGACCAAAAACUCCUCCAGUUUCCAUCAGCGACAUACAGAAGCCACCGCAAGAAGAAGAAGAGGAGGAGAUGUCGACGAGUCCUGGAGUGUCCGAGUUUGUGAGCGACGCUUUCGACUCCACGGCCAUCAACCAGGAGGACCUGAGGAAAGAGAUGGAGCAGCUGGUGCUGGAUAAGAAGGACAGCGUGCCCUCUCCUGAUGACGAGUCAGCGGACUGGGAGAAGGAGCUGCAGCAGGAGCUUCAGGAGUACGAGGUGGUGACUGAGUCGGACAACAAAGACGACCAAUGGGACCAAGAGAUCGAGAAGAUGCUGCAGGCCGACGACAGCUAGACAGCUGCUGUGAGCGCGCUUGUCUCCCGCACGGUGAUCUGGCCCAGAAGGGAUAUGAGUAGUGACCAGUUAUGCACAAGGGGAUGAACUUCCACAUCCCCUGCCCCACCCAACUGUGAUUGCUAUAUUGUAAACGUUCUCCUGUACCUGAUGAAGGCGUACAUCCAAUAAUAGCAAGAGUGUGUCACCAUGACACCAAACAGCGGUUAUGUUCAGGCACUUUAGUAAAGUGCUACUUCAUUGCUCCUUCCUAAAUUAGUUGCAUUGACUUGCUUUCCCCUAUCCUCGUGCUUUUUGAUGGGGGGGAAGCCAGUAGAGGGCGCUCCAUGAAUUUUAUAUUCAUGUUUGAAAUCACAUUUGAUCUGUUUUCCACUGCUGCUUUCUGGUGGCUUGUACAGUCUUAGUAUAGUCACAGUACAGUAAAAUCCAAUGUAAAGCUACAUGAAUGUAAAUAAAGAGGAUUCUAACACUAUACUUUACUUCAGCUUGCUUUUCCCUUUCAUUACAUCUGCUUGUCUUUUUCCAUUUUGUAUCGCAUCUGGACAAACUCAUGUGUGCAUGUCUUUACUUUGUUUCUCUGCAACUGAAAUACUGUACAUUUUCUGUUAUGUUAUUUCUGUUAUCUGUCAUCCUUUAAUAAAUAUUUAUCUGUUUUAA